AUGGGCCCGUUGAUUGGAUUUGAGUGCUAUGAUACAGAUCAGGCCGGGUACCCAUUCCAUACUCCCUGCUAUGACUAUGAAGUCCGGUUCUUCUGCCUACCAGUUGACGGAGGCUGGUCGAAUUGGUCCCCGUGGUCCACAUGUGACGUCACUUGUGGCGGGGGGACUCAGUAUAGAGACCGGACGUGCGACAACCCUGUACCCGAAAAUGGCGGCACCAGCUGUGUUGGAGACAGUCGAGAAUUCAGGUCCUGUGCUGAUAUUCCAUGCGCAGGACCAAUAAUAAACGGCGGCUGGUCUGCUUGGGGCCCGUGGUCGGGAUGUAGCGUGACAUGUGGAACCGGGACGGAGACUCGGGACCGAACCUGCAAUAACCCAGCUCCAGCCAACGGCGGGGCGAACUGUGUUGGAGCAGCUCAGGAGACAAGGACAUGUGACACGGGGGUGUCCUGUCCAGUUGAUGGCGGCUGGUCCACUUGGGGCCCGUGGUCCGGAUGUAGCGUAACGUGUGGAACCGGGACGGAGACUCGUGACAGAACCUGCACCAACCCAGCACCGGCUAACGGUGGGGCACAAUGUGUUGGACAUGGGCGGGAGACAAGGACCUGUUAUACUGGAAUCAGCUGUCCAGUUGAUGGUGGCUGGUCUGCUUGGAGCUUUUGGUCUACCUGCAGCGUGACGUGUGGAACUGGUACGGAGACCCGGGACAGAACCUGUACCAACCCGGCACCAGCUAACGGCGGGGCACAAUGUGUUGGAGCAGCUCAGGAGACAAGGCCCUGUGACACGGGGGUGUCCUGUGCAGUUAAUGGCCGCUGGGCUGCAUGGGGCCCGUGGUCUGACUGUAGCGUGACGUGUGGAACCGGAUUGGAAGUUCGGUUCCGUACCUGCAGCAACCCGGCACCAGCUAACGGCGGAGCGGACUGUGCGGGACUCGCUCUGGAGACUAGGCCCUGUGACACGGGGGUGUCCUGUCCAGUGCAUGGUGGAUGGAGUGACUGGACGGCCUGGUCUGUUUGCGACAAGACAUGUGGAAGUGGAACUCAAACAAGAACACGGGAGUGCAAUAACCCUGUACCACAGUUCGGUGGAGACGACUGCAUAGGGGAUAAAGAGGAGACUCGGACCUGCAACACGCAGGAAUGUCCAGUUGACGGCAUGUGGUCCACGUGGAUGGGAUGGUCUACCUGCAGCCAGUCUUGUGGCGGAGGGACACAAGUCCGACAGAGGCAGUGCAACAAUCCCGCUCCGGUCGGUGGUGGGAAGUCUUGCGUGGGUAGCGCACAGCAGUCCCGACAGUGUUCUACAUGGGCGUGUCCAGAUUGUUCAACAACAUGUGCAGUCGGAUCCAUGGAUCAGACAACCUGUGAGUGCAGCUGCCGCUCCCACCUCCUCACGGCUACAGUGCGGAACAUGAAGAACGCUCCUCUACAGGGCGCCACCAUCCACUAUGCAGACAAGCCCUACAGAACCCUCGGCAUCACUGACGCCACAGGCUCAGUAAGGGUGCAGGGUGUGUGCGCUAGUCCGCCGGUAGAUCUGCUAGUGAAGAACGAAGGGUACUCAUCAACCGUGGCUUCAUCUGUUCCUGCAACAUCGUCUACAUCAACUGUGACAGCAAACAUGGAAAUACUGAUUGCUCCAAUGAUUACCCAGCACCCUGUAAGUCGGGCUCGCCUAGUGGGACAACAAGUCACCCUCUGCUGCGACUCUCACGGCUUUCCGGAACCCGACCCAGAGGACUAUGAAUGGUUUCGCAAUGGCGAAAUUCUAGACAAAAGCGUGUACAGAUAUAACAACCAACUCACCCUGACCAACCUAGCCUUGGCUGACGCAGGAGAGUACAAGUGCCGGGCUAACAGCGACGCGGGAGCCGCCUAUUCAGACUCGUCGUUUCUGCAAGUAUUUGGAAGUGCCACAGGUUCCUACGACGCGGCUCCGUCUCCAGAAUACAUCCAGCUUCCAGCAGACUGUCGCCAACCGGACGGAACCACACUGUACAAUACUAGCACAGUCGAUCUCGGUACUGUACCAGGUACAGCCCCCAUUGCCCAGCUAGAAAUACCUCCCAACGCUUUCUAUACAAAAGACGGCCAACAAUACCAGGGUGAUGUGGAUGCAUCAGUUAGUUUCAUGGACCCCAGAGAUCUUACGACUGUCCAGGAUAUGCCGAGUGACUUCUCCUUCGUAGAUCAGGAAGGUGAAGAACAGCAACUUGAGACUUUCGGUAUGUUUAGUCUUGACUUUGCCGAUUCGUCAGGAAACGAGUUGGAAGUUGGGGGUACGGUAGACAUUUUCUUGAAUGAAAACCAGGUUAACCUCACUGGUGCUGAACCAGGCCACGAGGUGAAACUCUGGUCUCUGAAUCCCGAAACAGGCCGUUGGGAGGAAGAAAGUACGGUUACCCCAACCCCCAUAGGCAAGCGUAAGAAGCGUCAGCAAAGCUUCACCUGGAACGGAAGUAUAAGGGUCACUCGACGAGAUUAUAAUGUCGACCAGUGGAUAAAAGCUGGUCAAAGAUGUUACUCAAAGGUCAGGGUGUAUCAGGCUAGGAGUGUCCUGAACAGCGCAUCUUCACAGGUCAAUAACGUGAAUGUGGAGUUUGUAGUUGUAAACAACGAGUUAAACUCCGGAAACCAAAGAUUCGCCCGUUUCUAUAAUGCCCUUACCAGUACCAGCGGAUCUCAGGGGGUCUGUGUGGAAGGGUGGUGCCGGCCCAAUACUGUGACCUAUGUCACUGCAACUCAAGGUACAACUCAGUACGAUGCAGCAUCGCGAGCCGAGCUUGGGUUCAGCCCUCCUGGGGGUUACACAAGGGGAAACAGUGGAAAGGCCUUUAGUACAACGCUCACUCGGUCUACGUAUUCUGUCACUCCUCCAAGUAACAGUGACCAAAGUCGCUUCCUGUUUUACGAUUCCCCCAACGAUCUUGGCCUCAGCUUCGGUAUCUACAAAGAAACAGGCGCAGGCGAGGCCGGUAAACAAGCAGCUUACCGUCGGUGCCUUGCGGGAACAGGCGCCGGCACCGGAGCAAACACCAUCAACCCAGACGCCAACUGGCUGGUUCACUUUGCUUGUACCUGA